AUGCAGGAGCAGAUAGAGGGUGCAGUCGAUGAAGAAUUGCUGAAACAGUCAGUACUAAAUAACGACGAGGAUGACCGACGGCUAACGAAACUACGCAUUGAGCGGUUUAGGACAACACAUACCCUGUACAUCUUUCUCUACUCCGCCUUGGCAGCGUUGCAGUUUAUUGCUAUUGCGUUCUUCACCAGAGGAUUUCUAUUAUCCAGAAAAGUGCUUGACGACGUGGCCAACCGAGAUGAGAGCACAGCACCAGCGAAGUUCGAUCGACUGGUACUGCUCGUGGUCGAUGCAUUACGAUUUGACUUUGUGAUUCCGGUAGAUGUCGCUGCAGAGGGGUACAAUUCUCACUACCACAAUCAUCUGCGAGCGCUGUACGAGCGAUGGGACGAGUCAAUUCUACUAAAGUUUCUCGCAGAUCCACCAACUACAACAUUGCAGCGGCUGAAGGGUCUAACAACUGGCUCUCUGCCCACUUUUAUUGAUGCCGGAUCUAACUUCAAUGGAGACGUUAUAGACGAGGACAAUAUCAUCAAGCAGAUGUGCCUUAACAAUAAAACUAUCUACUUCGCGGGGGACGAUACUUGGGACGCGCUUUUCCAUCCAUAUCUAUCCAACGUCAGUAUGCCGUACGAAUCAUUAAAUGUCUGGGAUUUGGACACAGUAGAUAAUGGAGUGAUUUCUUUCUUCGAGGACCACCUGCUAAAUAAUCCCACAGAAAAGAAAGAAUGGGAUGUUCUUGUGGGCCACAUGCUUGGUAUUGAUCAUGUCGGGCAUAAAUAUGGCCCGAGCCAUUUCAGCAUGGCUGAGAAACAAUCCCAAGUUGAUGGCUUUAUCCGUCAGAUUAUCGAUGCAGUAGACGAGGACACAUUACUCGUGGUGAUGGGAGACCAUGGUAUGGAUCACACGGGGAAUCAUGGUGGUGAUUCGCCGGCUGAACUAGAAAGCACGCUGUGGCUAUAUACCAAAAGGCCAGGAACUUGGAGGCGUCAGGCUCCUGCGGCUUACAAUACGACCGAACUUGGUCGUUACUACAGGGCAGUUAACCAGAUUGAUCUUGUACCCAGUUUGUCAUUGCUCCUAGGGUUACCUAUACCAUUUAACAACUUAGGCUGGCCAAUAGAGGAACUAGCGCAUGAUGAUGAUGAAUGGCGUCUUUUUACAAGGCAGACGCUAAUGCAGUUGGAGACAUAUCGCAACACUAGUAAUAGUAUUACUGACAGUUCCAAGCUGAAAAUCCUCGAAGAACUCAAAAUAAAUGCUAAUUCUAAUUCAUCGGAUGCGGGUAAUUAUCAGGCUAUACUUUUGGAAAUGUAUAAAGAUUUAUGGGCGAGGUUCGAUUAUUACAGCAUUGGAACAGGUAUAAUUUUACUCAUUAUUUCAUUGGCUAUGCUGAUAACUAUCACUAGGUUGAUACCAUCCAUUGUCGUGGGGCAGAUGCUCUCAGAGCUUGUGCCAACUAUUAUUGUAAUGCCACUCGUUUCAAAUGUUUGUUUUCUUGGUGUUUUUUAUGUCCUGCGGCAGCCCGCCUUCCUUCAAAACUGGUUAUGGGCAUCUUUAUUGGCAACAGCAGUUGGUAUAAUUAUUGGUUUCUAUGUUCCGAUAUUUGAUCGCUAUAAUUUGACAUGGCUAGUGCUAAGAUUUGGUGAAGAGUUAUCUGAUUAUUGGUCCAGAGUCGCCGCAUUCCUGAUUACACUUCACGCUCUGAUAUUUACUUCCAACUCUUUUACAAUAUGGGAAGAUAAGAUUGUAAGUUUUUCGUUAACAACUCUAGGUAUGCUAACCCUUUAUGAAUUUGUAUUCCUUCCAAAGCGGCAUUCUACCAGUGCCAUUCUUGCAGCUGCCUUGGGCGAGAAAGAAGGAACUGUAUCCGGCAUUUCAUCCGGACAAGCAAAUUCUGAUUCUUUACCGCUAGGAAGGUUUGCUAGAAUUGUAGGCGGUUAUCACUCGAUUGUUUUGAUAGUCUGUACAAGGCUGGCAUCUCUAAUCACCAUAUGCAGAGAGGAACAAGGUGCCUAUUGUACCCCUACUUUCACGCUAACGAAUAACUACUCUUUUUCUGUGAUGUUAGGUUGCCUCUUUCUGGUCUUUGCUACUCCAGCCUGCAUUAAGGGCUACUAUAAUGUCAGUUCUUCGUACCAAGCAGCAGCACCUAUUUGGAUUGGGAUGCUUAUGAAGUCGAUAUUAUUCGUGAAUUUCAUAUAUUGGGAACUUAAAACGUUUGAGAACACUAGCGAUACACAUGGACUUAACCUGACUAUCUUCAACUUGACUAUUUCCCGAAUUGUUGUUGGAGUUUCCUUGGUGGCAGCAAACAUAGGUUGGAUGAUGGGACCGCUGUGCAUCAAGUUAAAUGUGCACAACAAUGACAGAAGAUCUCAGCAGGCUACGAUACUAGGGUAUGCUAAUGCCUAUGGCGCGCAAUAUUUUCUCCUGGUAAUCAACUUCUUCAUGUGCAUUCUUCUUUUCAACAAGCCAUUGGCUCAGCUGUCCUUAUUUUUGAUGUGCAAUCAACUGCUGUCGAUUUUGGAAAUAUUUGACCUUUUAAAGUUGAAGGAAAAUCUGAUAGGUCCAGUCGCACUGGGACUUUUGUCGUAUCAGCAAUUCUUUAGUACUGGUCAUCAGGCUACUAUUCCUGCGGUACAAUGGGACAUGGGCUUUAUUCUAACGGAACGCAUUACUUUUCCGUUUACACAUUUGGGGAUAGUAUUGAAUACCUUUGGUCCACACAUACUUUGUGGUAUCUCAGUUGCAUUGUUGACACUAUGGAAGCAACCACCAGGUAUACUACGGGCAAACACCUUACUUGCACGGGUGGUAUCUAAUUGCGGGAUGCUGUUGAUAUAUCAAACAGUUUUAUGUCUCAGUACAUUCAUUUGGGUCACAAAUUUCAGAAGGCACCUAAUGGUGUGGAAGAUAUUCUGUCCGCGAUUUAUGUUCGCUGCAUUGAGUUUGAUAGUGACUCAAUUGGUAUUGACCUUUAUAACUAUUGCAUUUGCAAGCGGUAGGCUGAUCAAGCAGAUUGACCGUAUGUUUUGGAAAUAG